AUGCCAUCAUUAAAAGAAAAAAAAAUAGAAAAUUUACCUGAAAAUAAAUACAAAAGUAACCUUGGAACUAAUAAGAGUUUCUUGGAAAAUUCCAAUGAAAGAAUGAGUUUAGAAAUAACUUUUCUUGUUUCAAGUAUCAUUAUUUGCAUUGUGGUUUCCUUAAUCAGCAUUGUAACACAGGGUAAAAAUCAAAUAAGGGUAAACUGUAGCGAUCCAACUCACAUUGUAGUAAUGACGCAUGGGUGGGCAGGAACUCCAGCAAAUAUGGAUGUUCUUGCAGAAAGAAUUUUAAAUAAAUAUAGUAUUUUGAUAAAUAAUGAAUGGUCUAAAAAUCAACAAAUUAAAAAAUCAGAAUGUAUAUUAAUUUACAAAGUUCAUUCUAAUUGGGGAUACUUCAGAAGCAUUUUCAUAACAUCCGAUGGUAUUGAAAAUGGAGCUUUGAGAAUGUCAAAAGAAAUACAAGAAGUAAUUAUAAAAACACCUUCUUUGGAAAAGAUAUCCUUCAUUGGUCAUAGUCUUGGAGGUCUUUAUAAUAGGGCAGUACUUCCUUUAUUAAGUGAUUCUUCUCUAGGUAAACAAAAAAAUCAAUCGGGAAAUAAUAAAGGUUUAAUAGGUGGUCUCAAACCAAUGAAUUUUAUAUCUAUUGGCACUCCACAUAAAGGCGUACUCAGCGAUAAUUGCACUUUUUUCGGGUUUGAAGUUCUUAAAAUGUUAUUUCCAUGGAGAUGGAUUUCAAGGUUACCAACUAUUUCACAAUUACUAAUGAUGGACAAAAAUGGCCCAUUAAUAGCUGAUAUGAUGAAUAAUAUGAAUAUGAUUAACCCUCUUUCUUGGUUUAAACACAGGCAUACUGUUGGAUCAAUAAAAGGUGAUUUAUUAGUACCACCAACCUCGGCAUCCCUUCUACCUUUUUGCAUAGAUAAUGAGGGCUUUUCACUAUUAUCAUUCAAUAACUAUGAAUUCAGUAGAAGGUAUCAAACAGAUAAUAUUUAUAAAUUUAAUAACUUUAAACAAAAUUACCAAUUUAGUUCAAAAAUUAUUAAAAAUUACUUAAAUUUCGUUCCAAAUAAUAAAGUAAAAGAUGGUGAGGAGAAUUUAAUUGAAUGGAUAACAGUAAUUGAUUCUGGAAACGAGAAAACUUAUGAAAAUAAAAAUGAAUUGUACUAUAGAAAUAUGAAAAAUAGAAGAAAAUUGAUUAAUUUAGUUAAAGAAAAAUACCAAAAUAAAUUUCUCAAUCAAAAAACGUUGGAUGAUGUAAUUAAUAAAAACACAAAUGGUAAUUUAGACAAACUUGUAUGGAUGAAAACCUCAGUAUUGUUUAAGAAUAAAAUACAUAGGUUUUUCUCACAUCAGCUAAUGAUGUUUUGUUUUGAGAAUUGGGGUUAUUUCCUUUUAGGAAAUAAUUUCCAAUUAUUAGACCAUAUCAUAGAAAACAUGAGAUUCUGA